UGCUGUAUGCUGGGAUCUAAUGUGCGGAGCCCGGUGAUGGGGACCUGGGAAAGGCCUCUGCCGCAGACAUGGAGAAACUCAGGCUGCGAAGCCCUUGGGUGCCCUCGUGCGUCGGGCAGCCCCGUGUCCUGCAGGGCCGACUGGCCAGGUCCUCGCCCUCGCUCUGGGACAGCGCGCUGCAGGAGCAGAAGGGCGAGCUGCGCAAGCGGCUGUCCUACACCACGCACAAGCUCGAGAAGCUCGAGACCGAGUUCGACUCCACGCGCCACUACCUGGAGAUCGAGCUGCGGCGCGCGCAGGAGGAGCUGGAGAAGGUCACGGAGAAGCUGCGCAGGAUUCAGAGCAACUACAUGGCGCUGCAGAGGAUCAACCAGGAGCUGGAGGACAAGCUGUACCGCAUGGGCCAGCACUAUGAGGAAGAGAAGCGAGCACUGAGCCACGAGAUUGUUGCCCUCAACAGCCACCUGCUGGAGGCCAAGGUGACCAUCGACAAGCUGUCGGAGGACAAUGAGCUCUACAGGAAGGACUGCAACCUAGCGGCCCAGCUGCUGCAGUGCGGCCAGAGCUACGGCAGGGUCCAUAAGGUGUCCGAGCUGCCCUCCGACUUCCAGGAGCGCGUGAGCCUGCACAUGGAGAAGCACGGCUGCAGCCUGCCCUCCCCGCUCUGCCACCCGGCCUAUGCCGACAGCGUCCCUACCUGCGUCAUUGCCAAGGUGCUGGAGAAGCCUGACCCCACCAGCCUAUCCUCCCGCCUGUCUGACGCCUCAGCCCGAGACCUGGCCUUCCGGGAUGGGGCGGAGAAGCAGGGCCCACGGCCCCCCUACAAGGGGGACAUCUACUGCAGCGACACGGCCCUCUACUGCCCCGAGGAGCGGCGCCGCACCCGGCGGCCCAGCGUGGACGCACCCGUGACCGACGUGGGCUUCCUGAGGGCCCAGAACUCCACCGACAGCGCGGCCGAGGAGGAGGAGGAGGUCGAGGCGGCCGCCUUCCCCGCAGGCUUCCGGCACGAGGCCUUCCCAGGCUACGCGGGCUCGCUGCCCACGUCCAGCUCUUACUCGAGCUUCAGCGCCGCGUCGGAGGAGAAGGAGCACGCCCAGGCCGGCACGCUCACGGCCUCGCAGCAGGCCGUCUACCUGAACAGCCGCGACGAGCUCUUCGACCGCAAGCCACCCGCCGCUGCCUACGAGGGCAGCCCGCGCUUCGCCAAGGCCACGGCCAGCGUGGCAGCGCCGCUCGAGGCCGAGGUGGCCCCGGGGUUUGCGCGGACCAUGUCCCCGUACCCAGCCGAGCCCUUCCGCUUCCCGGCCUCCCCGGGCCCCCGGCAGGCCCUGAUGCCCCCAAACCUGUGGAGCCUGCGGGCCACGCCGGGGGGGGCCCGGCUGGCUGGGGAGGACGUGCGGGGCCAGUGGCGUCCCCUGAGCGUGGAGGACGUUGGCGCCUACUCCUUCCCGGCCACCACCGCCAGCCGCGCCUCGCCCUGCAGCUUCUCGGAACGCUACUACGGCAGUGGGGGCAGCCCGGGCAAGAAGGCCGAGGGCCGCGCCAGCCCCCUCUAUGCCACCUACAAGGCCGACAGCUUCUCGGAGGGUGACGACCUCUCCCAGGGCCACCUGGCAGAGCCCCGCUUCCUCCGGGCCAGCGGCGACCUGAGCCUGAGCCCCGGCCGUGCGGCUGACCCGCUGCCCGGCUACGCGCCCAGCCAGGGGGACGCGGAGAGGCUCGGGGUGCAGCUGUGCGGGGCGGGCGGCAGCCCCGAGCCCGAGCACAGCCCCCACAGUUCCAGGGACUCCCUGGAGCCCAGCUCCAUGGAGGCCUCCCCGGAGAUGCACCCCGCCGCCCGCCUCAGCCCGCAGCCGGCCUUCCCGCGGACUGGUGGCUCGGGGCUCAGCCGCAAGGACAGCCUCACGAAAGCGCAGCUCUACGGAACCUUGCUCAACUGAGCGCCUGCCUGCAGGCCGCGGCCACGGGGCCGCCCCCUCCCACCCACCCUGGGCCCCAGAGGGCACAGCUCGCCUCUCCCCAGACACCUGUCCUCCCCAGCCCCCUCCAACCAGCACCCUCUCUUCCACCCAACCCAGUCGAGCCUGAGAGGAGGACCCCUCCCACACCAUCUUGUCCAUCCCAGCCCCACCACGGUGGAAUGUUUUUCACGCCCCAACAUCCUUCCCCACCUGAGAUGAGCAUUCCCCCCUUUUAUAAAGUGAAACUAUUUUUAUAGAGAAAAAGGGUCUUUCUUAACGCACUUGGCCUCCAGCUCCCUGGAUGGCAGCCUUGGCGUUUUCAACACAAAGCUCCUUUAUUUUUCGGGGGAGGACAAGGAGGGCCUGCCCCUGGGAGGGGAAGGACGGGGUCUUGUGGAGACACCCCCAGUGAGCCGGUGACAAGGGAACCCAAAACUCUGUCCACGAAGAGGGGAAAUGGAAUGGGUGGAGGGAUGUGAAAUGUUUUUAAACUGUUUUCGCCGUGUGACCAACACACCACCCCAGCUCUCCCAUGGUCCGUAGUCCCGAGUGGGGCCGGUGCUCGUCCCCCAGUGUCCCGCUCCCCGGCACCACCUCGCUCUACCUCAGACGUAAUGAGGCCCUCGACUCCCGGCGUCUGUGGCUCGCUUUCCCGUCGUCCGCGAUGCAUGCCCGGUCUGUUAGUACUGUACUUCUGUUCAUUAAUAAAAGACA